AUACAAUAUAGUCGGAAAAAGCUUAUAUCAUUAGUAAAUGUGGGGCUACUAUGUGGAAAAUUCGAAGAACAAAUUGAUUGGAAAAAGACGGCUUCCAACAACAUAUCUAUCUUAAGAGAAGCAAUAAAAAAAGAAAAUACUCCGGCUCAUGACCAUCUUUUCAAGAAAAUAACUGAAAUAAAUAUUGAUGAUUUAACGCCUGAUAACCCAUUAUGCAAUGGUACUGUCGGCCUAAGCUCAGAUAAAUUUCAACUUUCAGAAGGUGACUAUGUUGCUCUUGUGAAAGAAAAAGCGUGCAUAAGAAUGUUAAGUAAAGAUAAUGAAAUAAAGAAUAUUUGUAGUGAUUUUGUAGUAAGAAGAAACGAAGUCCAAAAGUUGAAAAAGUUUGUACUAUCAUCAAUGGAAACAGCAACACAUAAUCAAUGGGUUGAGGAGGUUCAUGAAAGGGAACGUAUAGCGAAGAUUAUUACUGACAUUCUUUUACAGGAGAUAAGAUUUAACGCACUUCGUAAAAUUUCUAGAGGUUCCGAAAAUUCUUUCAUGGAAAUUAUAUCCCAUUUGAUAGAUGCUACCAUGUACCACCUACCUGUAGAAUGUGAGAUUGAUGUAACAAGAGCUGAGCGACAAA